UGUUAGGUGAAAAAUGUGAAACUUUAGAAACCAUUGUGGUAGUUACUUGGAUCAUAUUGUUAUGUACGAAUACCAGUAUACUUAAGGCUUCUUUCACUUUCUUUGACAUGCCAAAUAUUUUGAUUGUUGAAUAUUGAGAGUUUGGGGGCUGUUGGUAUAAUUUUUAGAUGUGAAACUUGAUUUUGUGGGCCAGUGUGUUCUAGGUGCUGAAAUCCAGUGACAAUUUCAUACUGUUUUUAUUUCAUUUUGUAAAGAUCCACUCCAUCGUUCAGUUUAGAUGAAUAUUUUUGUAGAUGUUAUAGGAAGAACUUCUAAGUGUCAGUAAUGGUUACACAAAGGAUGCUUUUAGAUAUCCCUCCUCAAAAUGCAGGGACUGUUGUCCAUUUCUGUAUCUCCUGCCUGGCCCACCAGUACUUAAUAAAUAUUCAUGGAAUAAAUGAGUAUUGUUAAAUGUUUUAGGUCAACUAAGCAGAAAAAUAACUUCACCUAAUUUAUAGUUUUUUCAGAUUUUACUAUCACCACUCAUAAACCUUUUGGCCUGCGGAGUUUAGUUCAUUAAAUUUAAAACCAGCUUUUAAACCUUCAGACCAAUACUGAGGGUGAAUGUGGUCUGCUAGGUUAGAACUAGUAUUGUUAUGAAGUUUAAAUCUAGUAAGAUAAUGAACAUUUUUUGUUGGCAUUGGGGGGGAUUGAAAAAUAAUAUUAUAGUCUUUCUGGUAGGAGGAAUAAAUAUUUAGAAAUGCCUUGAUUUUGCUACCUUUGAGUACUGACUGGCAGUUAAUGAGAAAGUUGAGUAAUGUGCUAUCAAGGGGAUACUUCCUCAGUUUCAGAAUUGUUUCAUUAAAAAUAAUCCCAGAAUCUGAAAUGUGAUCUAUUUGGGGAUGGGAACAAAAUCAAGUGAGUGAAGCUGUGGUGUUUUUUGUUUGUUUGUUUGUUUGUUUGGGGGGAGGGGUUGAUAAUGCCUAUUAUAAUUUUAUCAUGCUGCUUGUAGUGUUAUGCCCAUUAUGAUUGGUUCUCUGUUGUUAAUCUCUGAGGUAAUUUGAGGGGCACGGGUUUUUGUUUCUUUUAAAUCUGAAGAAUUUAGCUCUGCCGUAGCCUGGUUCUUGUUGAUUGAAAACUUACUAUUGAACAAAGUUAAAAUUCACUUUUGGAUAUUUAUUACCAGAUGAAGAGUGGAAAUGGUUAAGUUGUGGUUUGUGCCUUGGCUUCCUGAUAAAAGAGGAUUGUUGUCAGACAUUUUAUUCUGAAAUUCCAAGUGAUUGGAAUGGCUGUCUAAAAGUUGGUUUUAAUUGGUUGCCCACAGGAUUGACAUGGCCUCUACUUCUUGUUAAGAAAACAUCUCUUGUUUUAUCAGGUGUGUGUGGUUUCAGCGCAGCAUGGCUGUGGUCAUCCGUUUGCAAGGUCUCCCAAUUGUGGCGGGGACCAUGGACAUUCGCCACUUCUUCUCUGGAUUGACCAUUCCUGAUGGGGGCGUGCAUAUUGUAGGGGGUGAACUGGGUGAGGCUUUCAUCGUUUUUGCCACUGAUGAAGAUGCAAGGCUUGGUAUGAUGCGCACAGGUGGUACAAUUAAAGGGUCAAAAGUAACUCUAUUGUUGAGUAGUAAAACGGAAAUGCAGAAUAUGAUUGAACUGAGUCGUAGGCGUUUUGAAACUGCCAACUUAGAUAUACCACCAGCAAAUGCUAGUAGAUCAGGACCACCACCUAGCUCAGGAAUGAGUGGCAGGGUUAACUUGCCUACAACAGUACCCAACUUUAAUAAUCCUUCACCCAGUGUAGUUACUGCCGCCACUUCUGUUCAUGAAAGCAACAAAAACAUACAGACAUUUUCCACAGCCAGCAUAGGAUCGGCUCCUCCAAAUAUGGGAACUUCAUUUGGGAGCCCAACGUUUAGCUCAACCAUUUCAAGCACAGCCUCUCCAAUGAACACAGUCCCACCGCCACCAAUUCCUCCAAUCCCAGCGAUGCCAUCUUUGCCACCAAUGCCGUCCAUUCCCCCGAUACCAGUUCCUCCUCCAGUACCUACAUUGCCUCCCGUGCCUCCUGUGCCCCCAAUUCCCCCAGUCCCUUCUGUGCCACCCAUGACCCCACUACCACCCAUGUCGGGCAUGCCGCCCUUGAACCCACCACCUGUGGCACCUCUACCUGCUGGAAUGAAUGGCUCUGGAGCACCUAUGAAUCUGAACAAUAACCUGAACCCUGUGUUUCUGGGUCCAUUGAAUCCUGUUAACCCUAUCCAGAUGAAUUCUCAAAGCAGUGUGAAACCACUUCCCAUCAACCCUGAUGAUCUAUAUGUCAGUGUGCAUGGAAUGCCCUUUUCUGCAAUGGAAAAUGAUGUCAGAGAUUUUUUUCAUGGGCUCCGUGUUGAUGCAGUGCAUUUGUUGAAAGAUCAUGUAGGUCGAAAUAAUGGGAAUGGAUUGGUUAAGUUUCUCUCCCCUCAAGAUACAUUUGAAGCCUUGAAACGAAACAGAAUGCUGAUGAUACAACGCUAUGUGGAAGUUAGUCCAGCGACAGAGAGACAGUGGGUAGCUGCUGGAGGCCAUAUCACUUUUAAGCAAAGUAUAGGACCCUCUGGACAAACCCAUCCCCCUCCUCAGACACUUCCCCGGUCAAAAUCGCCCAGUGGGCAGAAAAGGUCAAGGUCAAGAUCACCACAUGAGGCUGGUUUUUGUGUUUACUUGAAGGGGCUACCAUUUGAAGCUGAAAACAAACAUGUCAUUGAUUUUUUUAAAAAAUUGGAUAUUGUGGAAGAUAGUAUUUAUAUUGCUUAUGGACCCAAUGGGAAAGCAACUGGUGAAGGCUUUGUGGAGUUCAGGAAUGAGGCUGACUAUAAGGCUGCUCUGUGUCGUCAUAAACAAUACAUGGGUAAUCGCUUUAUUCAGGUUCAUCCAAUUACUAAGAAAGGUAUGCUAGAAAAGAUAGAUAUGAUUAGAAAAAGACUACAGAACUUCAAUUAUGACCAGAGAGAAAUGAUGUUAAAUCCGGAGGGGGAUGUCAGCUCUACCAAAGUCUGUGCUCACAUAACAAAUAUUCCAUUCAGCAUUACCAAGGUGGAUGUUCUUCAGUUCCUAGAAGGAAUUCCAGUGGAUGAAAAUGCUGUCCAUGUUCUUGUUGAUAACAAUGGGCAAGGUCUAGGACAGGCAUUGGUUCAAUUUAAAAAUGAAGAUGAUGCACGUAAGUCUGAACGCUUACACCGUAAAAAACUUAAUGGGCGAGAAGCUUUUGUUCAUAUAGUUACUCUAGAAGAUAUGAGAGAGAUUGAGAAAAAUCCCCCUGCCCAAGGAAAAAAGGGGUUAAAGAUGUCUGUGCCAGGUAAUCCUGCAGUUCCAGGAAUGCCCAGUGCCGGAAUGCCCAGUGCCGGAAUGCCCAGUGCCGGAAUGCCCAAUGCCGGAAUGCCCAAUGCUGGAAUGCCCGGUGCCGGAAUGCCCAAUGCCGGAAUGCCCAAUGCCGGAAUGCCCGGUGUGGGAAUGCCCGGUGUGGGAAUGCCCAAUGUGGGAAUGCCGAAUGCAGGAAUGCCUAGUGCAGGAGGUGAAGAGCAUGCCUUCCUGACUGUAGGAUCUAAGGAGGCCAAUAAUGGGCCUCCAUUUAAUUUUCCUGGUAAUUUUGGUGGGCCAAAUGCCUUUGGGCCACCACUGCCUCCUCCAGGAUUAGGAGGGGCCUUUGGUGAUGUUAGGCCUGGUAUGCCUUCAGUUGGAAAUAGUGGUUUGCCUGGUCUAGGACUGGAUGUUCCAGGUUUUGGAGGUGGACCAAAUAAUUUAGGUGGGCCAGGAUUUGGAGGGGGGCCUCAGAAUUUUGGAAAUGGCCCUGGUAGCUUAGGCGGCCCCCCUGGCUUUGGAAGUGGCCCUCCUGGUCUUGGAAAUGCCCCUGGCCAUUUGAGUGGGCCACCAGCCUUUGGGCCUGGGCCUGGGCCUGGGCCUGGCCCAAUUCACAUUGGUGGUCCCCCUGGCUUUGGAUCUAGUUCUGGAAAACCAGGACCGACAGUAAUUAAAGUACAGAAUAUGCCCUUCACUGUGUCUAUUGAUGAGAUUUUAGAUUUCUUUUAUGGCUAUCAAGUGAUCCCAGGCUCAGUUUGUUUAAAAUACAAUGAAAAAGGUAUGCCUACAGGCGAAGCCAUGGUGGCCUUCGAAUCUCGGGAUGAAGCCACAGCUGCUGUCAUUGACUUAAAUGACAGACCUAUAGGCUCAAGGAAAGUAAAACUUGUAUUAGGAUAGCUGUUCACAUCAAUUCUUUUUAGGAUAGAUACUCAUAGUGCUGUGAUUAAUGCAUCCAGAUUGUUUUCCUAGUAUUUCCAGGUUAGAACCUGUGGAUUGUUUCAAUUGCAUAUAGAUUGGUUUCUAUAACAUAGAGUAUUGGUUGAAUGUUUACAGAAGACUCACUACCAGGAUAAACAUUGCUGUAUGUUACAGUAAGACUGUCUGGAGGGAACACAAAAAUGAUUUUGGCAUACCAUUAGAAAAACGAUUUGUGAAACUCAAAUGACGACAUAAAGCUUAUCAAGGAGUCUAGAUUGGUUUUGUUUUGUACCAUAUGGGAUGAAGAAAAUAGAAGUGUUAAUAGAGCUCAUUAAGGGAUGCUCUUGCCAGCUGCUGAAAAAUAGAAGUUGGCUACUCUUGGAAUUUGGUUUAAAGCUGGAUAGAUUUGCUUUGUUAUAGGGUCAAAGCUUUGUCUAAAGUCCUCAUUUUCUUUUAAAAUUAAAUAAAAUCUCUGUAUACAGAUUCACUGUAUGUACUUUUAUUGCUUUUUGAGGGUUCUUGCUGUAUAGACAGUCCUGCUUCUGAAGUUGCUGCUUUGUUUGCCUAAUUGACUCAUUUGUAAAUGAGCAGAACUGUUUUGUUGUUUUUUAAUAUAAAACUCCACACUUGGUUUGUGCUUUAACCUUGAACUUUGAUUUCUGAUGUCACACUUAAAACUGGAAUAAGAAAGACUUUGCCACAAAAAUAAAAUCCGGAGUUCUUUACCUACCAGAGCCUUUUUGGUUUGACUGCCAACUUUUAGUUCAGUCAGUUUUAAAAUUGUUCAUGUUGUUUGGAUGGCAUCAAAAACCAGAAACUGUUUUUAAUAAUCAUUAUUUAAGAAACCUGAUUUGAAGUUCUGUUCGUGAUAAACUAAUGUUAUGGCAAUUUCCUUCUGUCCCAAAUUUACGAAAUUUUGGCCUAUAACUAAACGCAGAGUCCAUUCAUAAGAAGGAACAUUAUUAUAGCUAGAUUUUUAAAACCAAAGUUGACAUGGUUAGCUACGUUAGCAAUAAAUAGUAUUAGAGAAUUAAAAAUCUAUAAGCUGGGUUGUAGGUGAUGCAUUAAUCCUGUUACUCAGAGGCUUUUGGUCUAGUUGUUUGAUCAGGAGCCUGUUUACAAAAAUUCUUCAUAGAGAGUAUAAGUGCAGCUGCCAGAGGGGAGAAAAUUGAGACUCCUUGCCCUUUCAUACUCUUUUCUUUGGCAUUCAGGACACUUAGGCAGGAGGACCACAUGGGUUCUGGUUGGUAAGUGUCCUUGUCAUGAAAACAUUUGCCUUACAAUGUCCUGUCCUGCUCACUGCCACACAGGCUUUACUUAUGGUUACUUUCUUUCUUAGUUAAGAUAUUCUAAAGAGGUAUCACAUAAACAUGGAUGGAAUGGGAGAUUGGUGAGACAUCAUGAAAAACAAAUUUUGUCUUUUACAUGGGCCUUUGUCUUGGUUUAAAAUAUCCCCAACAUUUCCUACAAAUCAAUCUACUUACAAAGGGGUCAGCCUUUUAAAAAAAGUAUUUUCUGGAAAAACAAUAGUGCCUUUUUGGUGUUGCAAGUCAGUGGAACACUGAAAUACAGCGUUGUGUAAUUUAGAGUUAAGAGUUUUAUGUUUGGUAAGAUUUGGAAAGCCUUUUCAUCACUACAAUCUUAGAGGAUUGACAGUUCAGGGUUUUUGUUUAGGGAAAGGAUUGGUUAGACUUUCAAAAAGACAUGGCUGUGUUGUGGGUCUUGAUAAUUCACAAAUAAAAUUUGCUUUGACAGAUAAUUAGAUACUGCCUCAACUGAAAAAAGCAAUAUGAUGUUUGUAUAUGCUGUUCAAUUUAAGUUUUCUGUUAAGUAAUCAUUUCUCAUUCCAAGGACAGAGUGCAGAAAACUUCAGCACUGUUAGGAGUUUUAUUUCAACUGCAGAUUAUUUUCCCCACUGGAAAGCUGAACAUUUUUAUUUUAGAAAAAUGGGUUGUUUGAAGAUAAAGUCUUUUAUCUUUUUUUACAAUUUCUUUUGCUUAUAUGUUCGUACAUUCUUAUUAAAUUUUUCAUAUACUUUAUUGCAACUAUUUUGUUAUUCUACAUCUUAGAUAAAUGCUGAAAAGGAAAACUUGAUUUUAUUGUUCAUCAAAUUAAAUAAAUUAAGAAAAUAGUGAUUGUGUAGAAAUUGGAGCAAACUGUUUCAUAUUUGGUCGAAUCACAACAGUGCUUUUCUUGUUGUGAAAUGUAAUUAAAUGCUUUGCCCUUUGGAACUUGAUUUUUGUGUACCUGAGACUUCUUACAUAUUACAUAGUGCUAACUGCUAAGCAUACUAUUCAUCUUGUGCUGGGCAUUGGCGUUUGAGUCUUACAAAAAUUCUUGAAAAUAUGUUAUGUGAAACUAUUCAUACCUCUUUUUUGCACAUUUUCUCAUACAGACUAGGUUUUGGGUGAUAACAAAUUUACGUUUUCUUAUUUGCUUUGUAUGGUAUGAAGGAUUUGUAAAGCUUUGCUCAAAGUUGUGUGCAUUUGUAAACACUAUCAUAUUUACAAUAUUAUGUGUAAAUUGUAUUGUCUAUUUUGGUGACUGACAUUAAUGGAAGAGACUCUUUUCCAUUAGGUUUAAUAUUUUUUCUAC